AAAAAAAUAAUUAAAUUAAUAUUAAAAAAGACACAUUUCUUUUUCUCUUAUUCCUCUCUGCCUUAGCUUUUUUUCUAAGGCAGAGAAGAGAGUUCAUAAAUUAAUAAUUAAAAAAUUGAAUCAAAAUGGUAUUUCAAGAUUUUGAUCAAAUUUCAGAAAGAAGAAGAUUAGAAAGAAAACAAAAAUUCAGAAAAAGGGUUACAAUUGUUGUGGUUUCAUUAUUUGCAUUGCUUAUUAUAAUUGCUGCCGGUGUUUUCGCUAUUAUUUCGAGUAAUAAUCAUAAACAAAAUCAAAAAAACGAACCGAGUAAAUCAUCAGAAUCUGCAAAACCUGAAAGUUCCCAAGCUUCAGGUAUUCAGAGUAUAAUUCAAUCAGUCUGUAAUGCAACCACUUACAAGGACGCGUGUCAUUCUUCGCUUAAAAAAGCAGUGGAGGAUCAGCCCUCUUCUUCAGCUCAGCCUAAAGAUAUCCUGAAACUAGCAAUAAAAUCUACAAAUGACGAACUGUCCAAGGUUUUUGAAAAGGCGAAAACGUUGAAAUUCGACUCCCCACGAGAGAAGGCGGCUUUUGAAGAUUGCACGGAGUUGAUUGGAGACGCGAAGGAAGAGUUGGAAAAAUCUGUUUUCGGGGCGGGUGGUAAAAUGGAGGAGCUUGUGAAAAAUGAGGGGGAUUUGAAUAAUUGGUUAAGUGCGGUUAUGUCUUAUCAACAAACGUGUAUUGAUGGAUUUCCUGAAGGGAAAUUGAAAUCUGAUAUGGAGAAGAUGUUUAAUAGUUCUAAGGAAUUGACGAGUAAUUCGUUAGCUAUGGUGUCAGAAUUGAGUGGUUUUUAUUCGAAUUUUCAGAUUUCCAAACCGGGUCGUCGCCUUUUGUCGGAGGAAUCUGGCGGUUCUAGAUUGGACGAAGAUGGAAUUCCGGAGUGGAUGGGCCAGGAGGAGAGGCGGAUUUUGAAGGGCGCGGAUAAGGAUAAGCCGACGCCGAAUGUUACCGUCGCGAAAGAUGGAAGCGGUCAGUUUAAUACGAUUUCUGCUGCAUUGGCGGCCAUGCCAGCAAAAUAUGAAGGACGGUAUGUCAUCUAUGUUAAAGAAGGAGUUUAUGAUGAGACAGUGAUGGUGACAAAGAAAAUGGUUAAUGUGACAAUUUACGGAGACGGGUCGCAGAAGAGUAUUGUCACCGGCAACAAAAAUUUUGCAGACGGAGUUCAGACUUUCAGAACUGCAACUUUUGCGGCUUUAGGCGACGGAUUCCUUGCCAAAGCUAUGGGAUUUCGCAACACUGCAGGUCCCGAAAAGCAUCAAGCAGUAGCUAUCAGAGUACAAGCAGAUCGUUCAGUUUUCCUAAACUGCAGAUUUGAAGGCUAUCAGGAUACACUCUACGCACAAACCCACCGACAAUUCUACCGUAGCUGUGUCGUUUCGGGAACAAUUGAUUUCAUCUUUGGCGACGCAGCGGCCAUUUUCCAGAAUUGUCAAAUUUUUGUCAGAAAACCAAUGGAAAAUCAACAAACUAUCGUUACAGCACAAGGCAGGGUCGAUUCGCACGAAACGACAGGAAUUGUGCUUCAGAAUUGUCAUAUUCAACCCGAUAAAGACCUAAUUCCGACUAAAAUGACAGUGAAGAAUUACCUUGGAAGACCCUGGAAGGAUUAUUCAAGAACAAUUAUAAUGGAAACAAUAAUUGAAGAUUUUAUUCAUCCUGAAGGAUGGUUAGCUUGGGAAGGAGAAAAAGGUCUAAAGACAUUAUAUUAUGCAGAAUUUAAUAACAAAGGUGCUGGUUCAAAGACUAAUGGUAGAGUAAAAUGGGCUGGCUAUCAUGUUAUUGGUAAAGAAGUGGCUAACAAGUUUACUGUAAUGCCCUUCCUGCAAGGAGAUUGGAUUACUGCUGUGGGGGCUCCUGUUCACUUUGGAUUAAAUUAGUUAAAUUUUAUAAUCAUUUUCAUUUUGCCAA